GCGGUGGCACGGAGGGACCACCGGGGUGGUCGCCUGGGCCGGUCGUGGCUUUCGAGGAAGCGGCCUUGGCGAGGGAGCCGCCUCCGCCACCGCCAUGUUUGGCUGCUUGGUCGCGGGGAGGCUGGUGCAAACAGUUGCACAGCAGGUGGCAGAAGACAAGUUUGUGUUUGACUUGCCCGACUAUGACAGCAUCAACCACGUGGUGGUCUUCAUGCUGGGGACUGUUCCCUUCCCAGAGGGAAUGGGUGGAUCUGUCUACUUCUGCUACCCCGACGAGAACGGGGUGGCAGUGUGGCAGCUCCUGGGCUUUGUUACAAAUGAAAAACCAAGUGCCAUCUUCAAAAUUUCCAGUCUGAAAUCUGGAAAAGGCAGCCAUCAUCCGUUUGGAGCUAUGAAUAUCCCCCAAACGCCAUCUGUAGCCCAGAUUGGGAUUUCUGUGGAGCUGCUGGAACUCUUGGCUCAGCAAACUCCUGUAGCAAGUGCCGCUGUAUCAUCAGUCAAUUCAUUCACAGAGUUCACUCAAAAGAUGCUAGACAAUUUUUAUAACUUCGCUUCGUCCUUCGCUGUCACCCAGGCCCAAAUGACACCCAACCCAUCGGAAGCUUUUAUUCCUGCAAAUGUAGUUUUGAAAUGGUACGAGAAUUUCCAAAGAAGAUUAACUCAGAAUCCUUUGUUUUGGAAAACAUAAUCUGGAGCCAAUUUCUCGCAAAUGCGCGCUAUAGCAACUGGUCACAACUUAAAAGAUGCAAAAGAUGGAGCCUGCGAAAUAAAUCUGGAUUGGUCGAUUAAAAGUCUGAGCAGAAUUGGGGGAGGGCAGCUUUUAUAAUAUUUAUGGGGCAUUUGUUACAAAUUAAAGCUCUAAAAAGCA